AGUAAUUUUGGUUUGCAGAAUUGGUUAAAGAACCUGGACCUAAUGAUGAAAGAGAGUGAAAUCAAGAAGAGAGAAAAUCAGCGUACAUGUAUCCUUCAAAUCAGUGCUGAAUUGGAAGGCAACCCUGGACCAGCUGGUGCAGCAGCUAUCCUGCUGGAUGAAAAUAGGACUGUGCUUUUUCGAUUCCGCAAGGGACUUGGAGAUGAUCUAAUGGGAGAUAAUCAAACCUAUGAUGCUGCUCACUACCGCGCAUUAAUUCUAGGACUGAAUCAAGCUAAAAUGAAAGGAUAUAAUAGCAUCAUUGUUGAAUCAAACUUGCAAAGUCUUAUCAAUCAGAUUAAGGGUUCUGAGCCAGUUGAGCAGUAUUCAAGGGAUUUAUGGAUGGAGGCUUCGAGGUUGAAGGAAACUUUCUGCUCAUUCAACAUCCGAAGAAUUAUUGGGGUCGAUAACGAAGUAGCGGAUGAAGAAGCAGAGAAGGCUACCCGUCUUUGGGAAGGUGAAUUUGAAGAAGAGGAUUCCAAAUCAUGAUCGUCCGACAAAACGACACUGCGAAAAACUAUUAGCAACUAUGUUGCAUUUCUUGUUGAAGUUCUGUUUAACAAUUUAGCAUAUUGGAUGAUUUCUGUGCAAUAAUACUUGAUAUCAAAAGGUUAAAUGGUGUUUGCAAAGGACAUUGUGAU